CAUUUGCAAUAUUUAUAAAAAGACACUCCUAAUGCAAUGCAUGUGCGUGCGCUUUUAUGUAAUCGAUAUACUAGAUUUGAGCGGCAACAGUUUUGUUCAAUCCGCGACUAAGGCUCAAGGAAGGAAGACGUACGAGAUAUCGGAUAUAAUUUCCAGAAUGUCUUGUUGUACUGGAAGAUCGAAGUGGCUUGAUGAAUAUAUGUCGGAAGAGUAUAUAAACUACUUCUUCACCUUUUAUUACUAUGACCCAGAAGUUGAGGAAGAAAAAGUACCAAAAUCUGCUGAUAAGAAAGAAACAGCAGACGAUGCUGGGGUUCUUAAGGUAGCUAAACUUGACCUAAAUGUCGAGACAAAUACACCUGCUCAUCAUACCGAUGAGUUUGACAUCACCAACCCAAAUGCGUAUGACAAGACAAAGCAACUUGUGGUUAGACGUGGCCAAGAAUUCACGUUUACAGUGAAGUUCAACAGAGCGUAUGAUGAUAAGAAGGAUGACUUGCGCUUGAUAUUUGAAUUCGGAAAAAAGCCAUCUGAGGCCAAGGGAAGUAAAGUGGAGUUCAUUCUGUCAGCCAAAGACGUUCCGAAGGAAUGGGGAGCGUACAUCAAACCUAAAGCUGGAUCCAAGGAAGAGCUUACAGUCGUUGUGACGAUUCCACCAACAUGUGCUGUUGGGAAGUGGAGCCUGAAAAUAGAUGUUGUGAAAACGAAAGACAAAGGCAAAACGGCUGUCUUCAGAUACACUCACAAGGAUCCUAUUUACAUUCUUUUCAAUCCCUGGUGUAAAGAUGACCAGGUGUAUAUGGAGGAUGAAAAACUGACUAAAGAAUACGUGCUCAACGAGAAAGGAAAAAUAUACAGAGGAAGUACCAGACGGAUAUCUCCAUGUCCAUGGAACUUUGGGCAGUUCGCUGGUAAUGUCUUGAACUGUGUUAAUUAUCUCUUAGACGAGAAAUCCAAUAUGACUUGCGUCGCUCGCGGAGACCCUGUUAAGGUCGCUCGGAAAAUCACCAGUUUGGUAAACAGUUGUGACAAUAACGGUGUUUUAACUGGCAAUUGGAGUGGUGAGUAUGAUGAUGGGACAUCCCCACUUGAAUGGACCGGAAGUGUUGCGAUUUUAGAAGAGUACUUUAACACAAAGGCACCUGUACAGUUUGGGCAGUGUUGGGUCUUUUCUGGUGUCGUUACAACUGUAUGCAGAGCUCUUGGUAUACCAGCAAGAAGUAUCACCAAUUUUGCCUCCGCCCACGAUACAGAUGGAAGUAUGACCAUAGAUAGCAUAUGUCGAAAGUCUGAUGAUGGAAGUUUGGAGCAAGACGAGUGGGAGACCACUGACUCUGUAUGGAAUUUUCAUGUUUGGAAUGAAGUUUGGAUGGCACGCCCAGAACUGCCCAAAGGCUAUGGUGGUUGGCAAGCAAUUGAUGCUACCCCUCAAGAAACAAGCGAUGGUUUAUACUGUAUGGGACCAUUUCCGCUGAAUGCUUGCAAACGCGGUGAAGUUUAUUUUCCACAUGAUGGACCGUUCUUAUUUGCUGAAGUAAAUGCUGACCGAGCAACUUGGUUGAAAACUACUGACGGCAAAAUGGAACUGAUAGGAUUGAGGAAGGGCAGUGUCGGGAAGUACAUCAGUACUAAACGAGCGUUUGGAAGAGCCUCGUUUCGGGAGUAUGGUAUAAGUGGUGACCUUGACAGAGAAGAUGUAACAUGCAACUACAAGUUUCCAGAAGGUUCGACUGAGGAGAGGGCUGCUGUCCACCAGGCAAAUCAAUCGUCAACCAAAAAAGAUGUUUAUCAAACCGGAUCAAAGGAUGUUGACUUUGAGAUAUGUUGUGACCACGAUGAUACAUACGUCGGCCAAACAUUAAAGCUGUGCCUCAAAGUGACAAACACUAGUAGCGAAAAACGUACAGUUUCUGGAACUAUGAAAGUGACAGUCAUGUUUUACACAGGAGUCCCUGAUAAAGCCAUACAUAAGAAAAAAGUCAGCAGCACUGCAUUGAAUGGCAAAGAGACUACAAGCAUCGAAAUUGAAGUACCGCCGAGCGAGUACCUGAACAAACUGAAGGAUCACUGCAUGCUGCGUCUAGACUGUAUGUUUAUGGUGAAAGAGACAAAUCAGAUUUUUACUGACACAGAUGAUUUCAGGCUGCGAAAGCCUCACUUGGAUAUUGAAGUGCCAGAAACUGGAAAAGUCGGGAAGAAAUUCAACGUCAAAGUGUCCUUUAAGAAUCCGCUCCCAUGUACCUUGACCAAAUGUAUAUUGGUAGUUGAAGGACCAGGGCACCAGAAACCCGUCACUCUUAAAGAACCGGAUGUUCCGAAAGAUGGGAAAUUCGAAAAAACUCUUGAGAUGACCCCUGUAAAACCUGGCGAGAAACAAAUAAUUGUUUCCUUUAACUGUGCUCAAUUGGAAGCCGUCAAUGUUGCUGACACAAUAGACGUAACAAAAUAAAACAGAGAACUUUAAAACAAGAUAAAUUUGAAAAACUGUGUUUUCUUAUCAGCCCUCAUUUUUUUGUACGAAACAGAGAGUUUAUAGACUUGAAAGUUAACAUUUCCCUUGUAAAACACGCUUGAUAACCAAAGACGAUACAGCUUUUAUUAUUUACCUGUCUGUCCAACAGGAAAUAGAAAAACAUUUUUUUUUUUUGCUGUAAAUUUAGGUUUCAUAACUCGGAUUAGAUAGUUGCAUUUCAGACGACUGAUGUUGUAUUUGGACUGUGACUACUGAUUGCACUAAGUUUGAUUUAUUUCAGUUAUACUUAAGAUACUGUGAUUAAGAAAUAAUAUACCCCAAUACAGAGAUUUGUCGUUGAAUAAAGCUAAUAUUUGAAGUAAAAAUGUGAAGGAAUUUUACACAGCCCGAUUGAUAUAAUAAUUCGCAUCUAAAUGCAAAAAUGGUUUAAUUGAAGAGCAAAUAUCUGUUUCAGAUAUAUCACUUCAUUUCUAUGUAUCAAGGAUGAAUAUGUGCGUCCUUGACGACAUCAAUCAGGUAUUUGCUUAAUUUGUAUGGGUUUCUUUUCUAAUGCACUGAUAUAAUGUUUGACACUAAUUAAUGUGAAGUACAAACAGUGGUUUGUUCCAUAAUAACACAUUAUUUUUUGUCUUAUUUUUUUAAAAAUAGGACUAUAAAUCGGGUCGUGUUAGAAUCUUAAAUAAAACAAAUAUAAAGUACGCUUGGUUGUCGGUGGGUUAAUGUCAGCUGGGAUAUGUCAAUUUAUCAAAUUAAACGAAAUCGUGAAUAGCCGUUGCCCCUUUCUAGAAUUAUUUCAGGAUUGUAUUAACUUACUGCUAGUCUGUUUUGUGAAUAAUUAUAGUUUUAACGUUUAAUUGUGUUUAAAAGGGAUAAUCUGAGGUCGAGGAAAAUGGAUUAAACACACUCAUUUUUUUUCUCAAGGCCACAAUUACUAAUUUCUUGAGUAUACAAAAUGGCUGAUGUUUUGACCGCAAAAGAACUGCAGGCAUAAAGAAUUGUUUACAUCUGGAAAGGAAUAACAUACGAAAUACUUUCAUUUUUCUUUCAUGUGUUUUUUCUAAGAUGUCAAUGAAAUGAUUAUAUAUUGGAUAUAAUGUAAUCUUGAUAUGUUAUGUAAUCCUUUUUACUCUAUACCUUUUUCUAUGUUUGAAGGGGUUGGUUCUUUUGUAUUUUUGCUUCCUGUGUGUUUUAUUGAUAUAUUGUAUUAAACCAUCAUUUUACUGUUAUGCUUAUGAUCUGAAUACUUCUCAGCAUUUUUUCCUUUCGUUUGAAUAAACUAUCUUCUAACUUCUAA